UGUGUGGGUGUGGCUCAUAAAUCCAAGAUAGAGAAGGUCGCCGGGCCGGGGACCCUGAAGAUUAGGGCAGCUGUAAGUAGGAUAUAAACAAGAAUGGACUUAGAUGCGGGGUUAGAUGUAAAGCCUGACCUGGACAAAGCCCCACCUCAUGUGGAAGGAGAUUUACUGAAGAGAAAAACCAACAAAGGACUCAACAUUCUCUCCAAAGCAUGGCAGAGACGGUUUUUUGUGGUUCACAAAGAUAAGUUACAGUAUUACGCUAAGAAAGAGGACUAUAAAUCAGGAAAGGAACCUCUGAACUCUGUUAGACUUUUAAAAGUUAAAGAUAUCACAGAGUCAGUUUUUAAUGGAGUGCCAAAGAGACAUCACAUCAACUGUGGCUUCACUGUCAUAGAGUUAUUGAAGGGCGGAGAAGAAGUUGUAUAUCACCUUUUAGCUGAAACUCCUGAUUUAAUGAGGUACUGGGUUCAUGCCUUACGCUAUGUUCGCUCCUAUUGGUCAAAACUUGAAGUUAGAGACACAGUCAUCAACGAAGACCACGAGAGGAAGCUACUGGAAAGAAUACUUAGAGAAGAAGAGAGUGAUGAUAUUGUUAUUGUUGGUGAAUAUUCAGUGGACGAUGAUCAUACAAGGCAAGGAUCAGCAGACUGGGACAAUAAGCAGUUGUGUAUCCCGGUUCAUUUUGCUGAUGGCAGCAAGACUCUAGUGUAUGUGAGUGUUAGCGAAACCAUUAGCAGCGUCAUAGAGAAAGUGAGGGAUAAACUGACUUCAUCUGCCAGCCAAAUAUGGAUUGUUAACAAUGAAGGGAAAGAGAUUUCAUUGAAUCCAAGUGACAGUGUUAUAUUAUACCAUCCCAGUGCUCACCAGUUUUUCCUUGUUGAUCCUAGCAGUAGAAUAAUUGUUGUAUUCAUUGGUAAAGAGUUUGUAGCUACAAUUGUUCCACUAAAGAUAACAGCCCAAGAGGUAAUAGAAGAUCACGAUGUAGCCACUAAACUUGAUAUUGCUGGCAUCACUAAUAGAGGAUUGUUUCUACAGAAAGGAACUGAAGAGCUGUUGUUUGAUAGCUCAGAGUGUCCUUGCGAAGCAUUGUUCAUAGAAUCAUCUGAUGGUAACAUUAGAAGACGAGACAUUGGAUCUCUUGUUAUAAAGAAUAAGACUAUGGAGCACAAAUCAUCAAAAAUACUGCGACAGUCUAUCAGAAAAGCAACUGUCAUUCCGUCCCCAUCUGCCAGCAGACGCUCGGCUGCUCCUCGUAUCAUUGAAGAAGAAGAUCAUAAGAGAGCUUUGGAUAAAAUCCAGCAACUUCGGGAUGGGAGGAUAAAGAAAGCACCCCAGAUUGUCGAGGAGUCGCCAAGGAUACGUACAAGAUCAAAAGCAUUCAUUAGUAAAUCAAGUGAAUCUGAAAAUAGCGAUAAAGAUCUUGAGCUAAAUGUACCAACUGAUCCAGAGCCAGUGCUAGGAGGACCAGGGAAAGGAAGGGGAGAUGGAGGACUGGAGUUGGCUCAUUCAUCUCCUAAACCCUCGCCAAGAAGCUCUCCUAAACCCUCGCCAAGAAGCUCUCCCAAACCCUCACCCAGGCAUGUCAUAUCAACCAGACCCAGUCCUCCUACAGCUAAAAGACAAGGAAAGACCAUCACUAAGAAGCAAGUCAGGAGAGCUGAUGAGGUUGGUAUGGAAGAGUCCCGUAGCUCAGGAUUUGGUCGGUUUCCAAAAGCUGAAGAACCUAAACUGUCUGACAGCGAAGAAGAAAGACUGAGCAACCUAUUCAGCAUGAGCUAUCAAGAGAAAGAGGAACAAGAACUGAAAGAAAAGCUUGAAACAAAACUCUCAUCUUCACUUGAAUUACAAGCAAGUAGUAAUGAUGAUGAGUUUCCUGCUUCUACUCCUUCCUCCCCUCCCCCCAAACCAUUUAUACUAACUGAUUCUCUCAUUACUAAACCUCAGACCUCAUGCGUGGUCAUUCAUCGUCCAGCUCUGUUGAAAGUGGUCCUCCUUCAAAGCGAAGCCGAAGACACUAAAGACAGCAAUCAAGCCAUUAAAAAAAUCUCGCUAUCUGGUGUUGUGUUGAACUAUGUUAACAGAGUGUGGGCCCUUGAUGAAGAGAGUCAGUAUCACGAUGAAGCCUCCAUUGAUAGUGAAGGAGAGUCGGAUCAGAGAGAAUACUACACAUUGCCUGGGGGUAUACGCUCUAUUUAUAACCCUACUGGAAACAGUUGGACUGUUCUACCACCUCUCCCCCUUCCAUCUCCUCUUCCUCCUGCAUCUCCUUCUCCCCUGCUUGCACCUCCUUCACUAGUGCAGGCAGAGGCUCAAGUUAAUAGCAGCAGCCCUGAUCUGUAUACUGCCAAAAGAGCAAUAGCCACUAACAUUGGUGCUGCCUUCAUGGAAAUACUCGGCCUCUUUAAAGGCUCUCUCUCCCUCGACGAGAAAAAGAAAAUCGCGUCAGACAUGACAAACGAAAAUAUAGGCCACAUGAUUCGUGGUAGGUUCUGCACUAGUGUAGCCUACCUCCUCCUGGACGGUGUGAAGCUACAGAAAUUAGGCGGACUAAUUCAAUAUGAUGUGUGGAAACUAGUCAGCUCAUUCUGCCAAGAAGGUUUAACUACUUCUGAUCCAACUGUGACAUCAGUCGCUGUGGAUAUGCAAGUGAUGAGGCCAAUCAAAGGAGAGAGUCGUCUCGUGACUAAUGACAUGAAGUUUCGUUCGUUCAUCUGUUUGGCAAUUUCACGCGGUAUCUUUAUACAGUGGCUGUCAGAACUGCCUUCACUUGGAGAUACAAUAAGGAAGCAUUAUGGAAAGAGUUCUUUCCUCUACAUGGUAUACAGUGGAGACAAGUGGUACUGUAAACUCUAUGAUGAGAUAUUGCUCUCUCUACAACCCAUCUCCUUCUUCCCUUUUCAACUGAGCAUUGAUUUUGAGAUAAAGUCAUCAUCGCCGUCAUUAUCUUCAUCAUCUUCUGCUGGAGAACUUGUAAGAGAACAACCAUUAAAGUCUAAUGGUAUUGGAUCUACUGUCAGUCCCUCUCAGUCACUCUCUGAACAAAGUCCUGAUAAUAAUCCAACAUCACUCAUUAAUGAGAGUCACGUUUUGUCAAUGAGAGAGGAGUCACCUAUCUCUCCUCCUCCUGAAACUGGACUGCUACUGAAUAACGUGUUGAAAGGAAAGUCUACGCCGCAGUGGUUCAAAAGUAUCACAUCAAAUCUUGCUAAUCUUAAUAUUGGUGGCGUCCUAACUGGUCCUCCUCUUCAACCCUCUCCUCUUAACUCUCUAUCAGUGAGACCAGCUGAGAAUGAGCCAUCAUCUCCAGCAGCACCAUCUCCAGCAGUAACACCUUCUCCUCCCUCUCCUCCUCCUCCUCCCUCACAACCAAACUGGAAAGUAGUUGCUCUUUAUGACUGUUUUGCAGACAGCGAAGAUGAGCUCUCAUUUAGCAAGGGAGAAAUUUUGCAAGUGGUAAAAGAGAUUGACAGCGAUUGGUUGUUCUGUGAGAAAGAUGACAAGAAAGGGAUCGUGCCUCUUCUGUUUGUUCAGAAAUGCACAUAAAUGAAUUUAUAUUAUAAAACUCAUUGAUGUGCAAUAACAAUCAUUGUGUUUGUGGUUUUUUUAAAGUAUGUUAAUUUUUAUUGAGUACAGACAAAGUUCAGCUAUA